CUUUAUCCCCCCUCUUCAUCACCUUCAAAAUUUGCAAUGAGAAAUUCGCACGCUUUUUUCGGAACACUGUGCUGCUUAUCCUGCGUGUUGCCAGCGCUGAGGGCACAAAUCGUUCGCAGUGGUUACACACGAGAUUCGCGGCGGUCUUUGGCUCUGCAUGACAUUUUGCCAGAGGAUGCGACCUAUGAUCAACACCGACCCCCGGGCAGUCCAACCAUCGUCAGUUUCCACGUCACCGUGCUGACCAUUGACUCCAUUGACGAGGAAUCCAUGACAUAUGCAACAGAUAUUUUCCUAGCACAGAGCUGGCAAGACAGACGGCUAAGAUUCCACAAGAAAAUCGACUCAGAGUACAGAAUCUUGGACGUCAACUGGCUCGACUCCUUGUGGAGACCUGACGUGUUUUUCAAGAAUGCCAAGCAAGUGACUUUCCACGAAAUCACUGUUCCAAAUCACUACCUGUGGAUGUUCCACGACGGAACCUUGCUCUACAUGUCCAAGUAAAAGC